UUCUUUUAAAAACAAAAGCGAUAGAGACUUUCAAAGCUAUUUAAACCAAAAACAAAAAACCAUAUAAAACCCCCCUUUUGAAAUCUUCUUUUACUUUCGCCCUCUCUUUCCCUUUCAUUUUCCUUCAAACCGAAGCAAAUCCAUUACUUCACUUUAACAUUUUCAACUCCAAAACAGCAAAACUCCAUAGUUCUACACACUAAUCCUCCCUAAGGCACCGCCUUUUUCAUGUCUCCGGCAGCAGCAACAGUCGAUGUUCACUGUCCAGUAACAUUCAAUUCAUCAUCAUCUCUCCAGAACUCUAAGAAUCAAAACCCUAAUUAUGAUCAUCAGGAGAGACCAAUAAAACCCCCAAUUUUUGGGAACCCAAGUGAAUUCAAUGCUAAUGAUGCACCCACUGGGACACGAACCGGUCCCCGGCCCCGCCCGAGAAUGGUGAAGUUGAGAAAGCAGUUGAAUGGGAGGUCCAGAGGAGUAUCAGGUGAGUUUGGGUCGGAGUUUAAUCCCUUCAAAUUAGGUGUUCAGAGUUGUAGUGUUGAUAGUGAUUAUAAGAAUAGUGAAAAUGGGUUUGUAGCUGAGAAUUUUAAGUUAAAAAAUGAUGCGGGUUUUGUUUUUGGUGCUACUAGUAGUAGCAGUAGUAGCGGUAAAAGUAGUGGUUCUGUGUUGAACUUUACUGGUAAUGAGAAUUUGGAUUCUGGGAAGAGAGUGUUUGAUCUAAAUGUGGAAGCUUUGAGUAAUGUGGAGUCUGAGAAUCUUGGUUUUGUUUUUGAGGAUGAGAAGAAGAAGGAAAAUGUUAAAAAAAACGAGGGAGCAUCGGGUUUGGAAGUAGAAAGCGAGAAGCUUUAUAGUGCAGGUUCUGUAUUUGGGGCAAAGGAGAGGGAUUCUAGUGAAAAAUCAGAAGACUGCAGAUUGGAUUCGGGUUUUCAUUUUACGGGAGAGGUGAAUUUAGAUGCUGAAGUUAAGCAUGGGAAGGAUUAUUUUGCUGGUUUUGAGUUUAGAGCUGAUAAAAGAUGUGCAGGUUCGGAUUUUAAUUUUGAGAAAGAGUCUAGUGGCAUUGCAGCAAGAUUAGAUUCUAAUAAUGGUGGUUUCCUAUUUGGUGCUUCUAAGAUUGAUUCCAGAAAAGAUAUGGGUGUCUCUGAUUCCGGUUUUGCAUUUGGUGCCAAUUGGUUCAGUCCGGAUGACAAAGAAUCUGGCGAAAGUCUUAAAACUUCUGGUGAUAGCGAAACCAGGAAAUUAUAUGUUGAGGGCGAUAUUACGAGUGGUGUCAAUGCCGAUGCGCUAAAAUUUGAUAUUAAUAGAACUGGGAACUGGAAAGAGGAUAAUGAUAAGGUUCCCUGUGCAUUUGCUACGAUCAGUGGUGAAAGUUGCUGUUCAGGAGAAUGCUUGGCUAAAGACCGCGAUGAUGAGGUCAAAUCAAGCAAUGAACCUUUUGUAAGCUAUAACAACUCGCCUGAGGUUCAAACCAAUAAGGAAUCCAUCAUAGAUCCUGAUAUCAAUCUAUAUGAUGAGAUGAAAAAUUUGAACAUACAUGGUUUUAAGAAUGUUGGUGCAGAUGAAUCAAAGAAGUCAUCUACAGAUGGUGAUCCUUUGUUUGUGUUUAGAAGUGUGGAAAGUGAUCGACCCUGUACUAAUGGAAUUUCGGGUCCUGACUCCCAAGAGAAUGUAAGGAUUUCUGAAGCACCUUCUAAAGUUUGGGCUGGAAAGGAUAGUAUUAAAAGUAAUUCUGCAAGCAUCUCAGAAGGGCUAGAAGUUCCAUUUACAGACUUUGAAUCACCAAAAUGGGAUCCUUCUUCUUUAAAAGCAAGUCUUUUUCCCGAAUUAAAUAAAAAAACCGAAUUUAGCAUAAAGGGUAGAUCAAAAAAGGGGAAAAAAUCAAAAAUGAUGACUGGAAAAUUAAAGCAAUCGUCUCAACAUAAGCAACAUCAAGAGCAACACCAAGUGGAAAAUGAAACAAGUGCUAGUGAUGCUCUAAAUUCCUUAGGAUGUUACUCACCCAUGGAUUUUUCACCUUACGAGGAGACUGUUGACAGAGGUGAUCAGCAGAAUCCAGAAAGUUCUGAGCAUCAUUUUGGAAAGUGUUCUGUUGGUGAUACUCCUGGAAAAGUGUUUGGUUUUAAAAUGUCAUACUCUGGUAGUUACACUGGUCAGGUAUUUGGUAGCAAUGGUGCUGGUGUUACUUCUGAAGAUGCAUUCACCUUAAGUUCUGAAAAAAGCCAUGAAAUACCAUUUGGUUUUGCUUCAGGUUUGGAAGAAAUACAUGGAAGAGAAUUUUCCUUCUCCGCAUCAUCCUCUUCACCAAAAACUUCACCAAAAAGUGCAUCUGCAAUAAAACGUGUGUACAGAAAAAAAAUUAGGAGGAAAGUUGUGGGUGAAAGGUUUGUUGCUGCUGCAAAGCCACAUGCUAAGGGUCAAGAAGGAGAUUUGUCUGCUUCACAAGGAACAUUCAGGAAUAAUGCUGAAGCAAAAGAUCAAGUGAAGCAAGGUUCUACUUCAUCCCCUAAUCCAAUUCAGGAAGCAUGUGAGACAUGGCGACUCAGGGGAAAUCAAUCUUACAAAGCUGGAGAUCUGUCAAAAGCUGAAGAUUUUUACACACGUGGCAUAAACUCUGUUCCUCCUAGUGAGGCAUUAGGAUCCUGUCUCAAGCCUCUUGUUAUUUGCUACAGCAAUCGGGCUGCAAGUCGGAUGUCUCUUGGAAACCUAAGGGAAGCUUUAAAGGAUUGUGCAAUGGCUGCUGCUCUAGACCCUAGAUUUCUCAAAGUUCAAAUGAGGGCUGCUAAUUGUCAUCUUUCACUUGGGGAAACUGAAAAGGCACAGAAAUAUUAUAAUAAGUGCUUGGAAUCUGGGACUGGUGUGUGUUUGGAUCGACGAAUCACAGUAGAGGCUGCUGAUGGUCUACAAAAAUGCCAGAAAGUGGCCGAGCAUAUGGAUCAGUCUGCUAAACUUUUGGAUAAAAGGACAUCUGAUGCAGCUUCUAGUGCUUUAGAUUUAAUUGCUGAGGCCUUGUCAAUUAGUCCAUAUUCAGAAAGUUUACUCGAAAUGAAAGCAGAGUCUAUGUUUGUGUUACACAGGUUUGAAGAGGCAAUUCAGCUGUGUGAACAGACUCUGCAUGCGGCUGAAAAGAAUUUCACUUCGUCUAGCUCCGAUGACCAGUCUGUUAACAAAGAUGGUCCUCAAACUGGGAGUUAUUCAUUUGCAAGGAUGUGGAGGUUGCGCUUAAUAUCAAAGUCUUACUUUUAUAUGGGAAAGCUUGAAGUGGCUCUUGAUUUGCUUGAGAAGUUGGAGCAGAUGGGAUCUAUGCCUGACAAGUAUGCAUGUAAGAUCCUGGAAUCGUCCAUAUCGUUGGCAGUGACAAUACGUGCUCUUUUGCAUUACAAGAGUGCAGGCAAUGAAGCUGUUCAGUCAGGGAGAUAUACAGAAGCAUUAGAGCAUUACACUGCUGCUAUAUCAAGUAAUAUUGAAUCACGUCCUUUCGCAGCCAUCUGUUUUUGCAACCGAGCUGCAGCACAUCAAGCCUUGAACCAAAUUGCUGAUGCUAUUGCUGAUUGCAGUUUAGCCAUAGCUCUUGAUGGAAAUUACUCCAAGGCAGUUUCUAGGAGAGCCACCUUGCAUGAGAUGAUUAGAGACUACGGGCAAGCAGCUAGUGAUCUUCAAAGACUGAUUAGCAUUCUUGAAAAUACACCUGAAGGAAAGAGUAGACAGUCUGGCACACCCAGUAAAUCUGCCAGCAAAACGAAAGAAUUAAGGCAAGCUCAGCGACGCUUAUCCUCAAUGGAGGAGGACGCGAAGAAAGCAAUACCGUUGGAUUUAUACCAUAUCUUGGGGGUUAAACAAUCUGACACGGUAGCUGAUAUAAAAAAGGCAUACCGUAAAGCAGCACUCAGACAUCAUCCAGACAAGGCUGGUCAGUUCCUUGCAAGAAGUGAGAGUAGAGACGAGGGGCGACUUUGGAAGGAUAUUGUCCAGGAGGUACAUAUGGAUGCCGACAGAUUAUUUAAAAUGAUUGGAGAAGCAUACGCAGUGCUCUCAGACCCCACUAAGCGUGCAGAAUAUGACCUUGAUGAGGAAAUUAGAAAAGCGGAUGGAGAUCACCCUCCCAGAAGACCAUCAGAUGGUUACAGCUAUUCAUACCAGAGGAAUGAUCAUGGAAGAAAUUGGCAGGAUACUUGGAGGACAUACGGUCAUUCCCGUUCUCGCUGGUAAAAAGCACAUGGAAUUCCUGAGAUAUAAUUGCACCUAAAGCCUUAAUUUGGUUAAUUGAGGUAUACAGUCGGCGUAUUCGAUAUGUCAACCUCGCAAGUCCAGGUUAGCAACUCCUCUCUUGCUGCUCCGUGAACGAUGAAGGUCCAAAAUGGAAGGAAUUAAAACCCAACACUUGAUGAUUAAAUACAGAUGUGCCGGAACUUAAACUCAUAAUUUAUUCCCAGCUUUGAUCAGUGAAUAGCUUCAACCCCAGGUGGAUUGAAUGGGAUGCUUGUGUCAUCUUACUAAGAUUUAUUCGGUUCAAGCAAAUACGGCCUAGUUGAAGAAAUUUGCUGUAACAGCGUGUUGAUAAGAAAAAUUCUUAGUGUCAUUGGAAGGUUAUAUAAGGGAGAAAUGUAUUUCGUGAGGCAUGUUUAUGGCUUGAGAUGGUCAGGGUAUGGAAACACAGAGUAGGGAACAACUUAUAAAAUCCCAUGUAAUUGUAAUAUUGAAAGUUUAGCCUAGCAGCAGUCUGCUUGUUGUCGCAUGAAUUACAGCCGAUAAGAACAAAUAAUGUGUACAUUUUAAUCCUUCCGUCA